AUGAUCUUGGUUCUUGAAGAAUUAGCUCUCCGUCUAAACAUCCCACCAAAAGCAUGGCAACAAGAUCGUGUCUGGAUAUGUCCAAGUACAAGUUGUACAAUUGCAAACUUUGCAUUUCGUGGUGUAUGCAACCGUUUUGGAAGUGUAGACCCACCGGCAAAUCUUGUGGCAGUGCAGGGGAGAUUGGGGGAAACGGGAAAAUGCAACACUAGCAAGUAUGGUGUUAGAGAAGGAGGUGUGAGAGGAGGCCGCACUGGUGGGUACAAAGAACUUGAUGAAGAAGAAUUAGAGGAAACAAAGAGGCGCAUGCAGCACAUUGAAGAGGAUGAUGGUGAAUUGUAUGAUGAAUUUGGAAACAUGAAGAAGAAGUAUCGUGUGAAAGCAUACGUUGUGAUUGGUCAUGUGUUAUCUGGAACUGGGCGUGCAGGCUAG